UCAUUUCCCAUAAAUUCAAACAACGACAGAUUCACAGCAUUUCUUUUCUCAGAUCUAAAUCCCGAUGUUAAUGGAGUGGUUUUCAUGCAUAACCGAUGUAGCAUUUAGGCACGGAGAAGCCAUCUCUUUCCGGGUUUUCGCGGCCAUGAAUGACCUCCAAAUCGAGACCUUCAUUCGAGUGUUGAAGAAAACUCUCUUUGCAGCUUUCACCUGCAUUUUUUCAUUAGGAGGAUCUAUGGUGGGAACUGUAGUUGGAGCAAUGAAAGGGCAGACGACAGAAACAGGGUUUGUGAGGGGAGCUGGAAUCGGUGCUGUUACAGGUGCAAUCACAGCCGUUCAAUUGCUGGAAUCAUUGGUUGAUGGGGAGUCAUUAUCAAAGGUAGCUUUAUUAGUUAGCUUAGUAAAUGGGAAAGUGUUUGUUGAGUGGGUUAGUCCAGCAGUGCUGAAAGCUUACCAAUGGCAAGUAAGUAACUUUCUCAGUAACCAAACAAACCUUUUCUCUCUCUCCUUUUUUUCUAAUUUCAGUUCUGUAUUUCAGAUUAACUCGGUUGAAUCGACGUAUAGAGAAAUCUCAGACAUUUAUGACGUAAAUGGAGCAAAGGGUUUGUCCAGAAAUCGAAUUCGAAAGCUUCCGGUGUUCGAAUUUCGAUCUAGAGAUAUGAUGAAAGUGAAACCCAUGGAGGAGGGUGGUUGUUGUUCAAUUUGCUUGCAGGGUCUAAAGGAAGGAGAACUGGGGAGAAAUCUUCCGAGAUGUGGGCAUGUCUUCCACUUGAACUGCAUAGAUGAAUGGCUAAGCCGACAAGGCACUUGUCCCAUGUGUAGGGAACAUGUUUUUACUGAUGUUAACCAGGAAUUGUAAAUCACAUCAAAGUUUUGA